CACGCAUCCUUCUCAGUGACACUUCGUCAGCUCCGAUUCUUCGAAAACCAAGAUGAGCCACACUGAAGUUGAGAAGUCCGUGAUGGGCAUGAUCGACCUGUUCCACAGAUACACCAAACCCGAUGACACCAUUGACAAGCCGGGCCUGCUGAAGAUGCUGAAGGAGAAUUUCCCCACCUUCCUCGCGGCCUGUGAUAAAAAGGGCAAAGAUUACUUGUCCCAUAUCUUUGAGAAAAAAGACAAGAAUAUGGAUAAGAAGAUUGAGUUUUCCGAGUUCCUGUCCUUGUUGGGGGACAUAGCCACGGACUACCACAACCAGAGCCACGGGGCACCUCCCUGUUCCGGGGGAAGCCAGUGA